CAGAGCCCAGCCCUGGGGCUGAGACUAAAACACAGCUCUCUGCUCCUGCUCAGACCUGAGCCGGACUAACACGGGAGCAGCCCCACGGAACUCAGCUGGACCAUGACUGACCGACUGUCAGCCGAUCAGAUCAAGGAGUACAAAGGCAUCUUCGAGAUGUUUGACGAGGAGGGCAAUGGACUGGUGAAGACUAGUGAGCUGGAACGACUGAUGAGCCUGCUGGGCAUCAACCCCACCAAGAGCGAACUGGGGAGCAUGGCCAAGGAAGCGGACAAAGACAACAAAGGCACCUUUAACUGUGACAGCUUCUUGUCACUCAUGGGCAUUUAUCAUGAGAAGGGCAAAAACCAGGACGUGGAGCUGAGGGCAGCAUUCAAGGUCUUCGACAAGGAGGCCAAAGGUUACAUAGACUGGGACACGCUCAAGUACGUGCUCAUGAAUGCGGGGGAACCUCUCAAUGAGGUGGAGGCUGAGCAGAUGAUGAAGGAGGCUGACAAAGAUGGAGACGGAACCAUUGAUUAUGAAGAGUUUGUGGCCAUGAUGACUGGAGAAUCCUUUAAGCUGGUCCAGUAGGGAUGGAUGGAUGGCCCAGGUCCUGAUUGGUCAAUGCAGCACCCCUCCCACACAAUCCCCUGUUUAAUAAAUUUUCUUUAUAAAGAC